AUGAUCGCGUCACAUGAUCGCCCGCUCCGCUUAGGAGUCGCCCCUCCAGUCUCUCAGCAAAUUAUUGGUGUCCAGACGAUUUAUUGGUGUUUUGACGAAUUAUUAGCCCUCCCCCCCGCGCUCCCCUCCGCGUUCUCCGCCAGGCGAGCUCGCGCGCUCGAGGGGAUUCUCUCGGCGUUCUCCGCCAAGCGAGCUCGCGCGCUCGAGGGGAUUCUCUCGGCGUUCUCUGCCAUGCGUGGCGAGCUCCUUCCGCCGAGGCACCCGCUCAGCAUGCCAUUGGUCCCCGCGCUCGUCGCGCCGUCCCCACCCGUUCUCUGCCAUGCGAGAGCCGCUGCAGCGUAUAUUAGAGCGGUCAGGGUCCAUGGCUCUUCACUCGUCCCACGCGUUCCGUUUUUCCAUUCGAUCAUACUCUGCGAUUUCGUCCUUCACCCAGUCGAGUCGAUUCGGCCCAAGUGGGUGCUUGCGGGCGGAACCGUGAAUCGAACCGCUAGUAUUAUGAAGAUGAUGACGCGUCUCACCUCGUUCGCGCGCCUCUGCGCCGUCGUCGUGGCCGCGCUUCUCAGCGUCGGCGGCUUCGGCGGCACGAAUGACGGAGACGCCGCGGUGCUGAUGGCGCGCGCGCAGCCCCUGGCGGGGCCGCGGUGCGUGAACCGGUUUCCGCAGAAGCCGCUGUGCAAGUUCGUCGACGACCUCGCCGCGUCGCCUCUCACCUUCCUCGACGCGUCGACCGGCGAGACGAUUAAUCUUGGCGCUUACGCCGUUUCGCAGAAGUUCCACCGCGACCUGCCCGCCACCAAGGUGUAUGCGCAUGGCGUCUCGCGCGACUCGGUGCGCUACCCUGGCCCCGUGCUCGUCGCGAAGCGCGGCGUCACCACCAAGGUUAACUUUCCGAAUUACAUCGAGGACAAGGAGCACAUGUUCACCAUCGACCCGACGCUUAUGACGCCCAACCUGACGAACGGCGGUGUGCCAAUCAGUAAUACGGUGGACUUCGGAUUCAUCGUCCAUUUGCAUGGCGGGGAGACGCCAAGCAAAUCUGAAGGCCACUCCAAGGCAUGGUACACGGCCAGUGGGGAGCGCGGACCCGAGUUCGCAUCCGAAGUGCACACCUAUCCCAAUAUGCAGCGCGCUACGACGCUGUGGUACCACGACCACACGAUGGGAUUGACCGCGCUGAACAUGGCUGCGGGAAUGGCGGGGCUGUACAUUAUCCGCGACCCGCAGGGCGAAGAGAAGCAGUUCAAAAAAUGGAUGCCAAGUGACGAGCGGCAACUGCACCUCGUGAUUGCCGACAGGAUGUUUUUCGCGAACGGAUCCAUCAAUUAUCCGAACCAGGGCUUUGUACCGAAUGUACACCCCAACUGGAUACCCGGUUACAUCGGCGAUACAAACGUUGUAAAUGGCAAGGUCUGGCCGUACCUCGAGGUUCGGCGAGCGAUGUACCGGAUUCGCAUGGUGAAUGCAGCCAACGCGCGCACGUACAACCUCACCUUCCAGUGCGCUGCAGCUGGCGACUCCAAUUUCACCCUCCCUCUUGCUGGACCCAUGCUGCCCUUCUACCUGUACAUCCCCCCAGUGGUCCUCGAGAAGGCAGUGAAGGAGCGGUGGCUCGCCCUGACAUUUGUCUUUGACCCAGUGUCGCAGUUACCCAGUGGCAUGCUGCUGGAUGGCAAGCCCUCCUCCGAUCCUGCCACCGAGACACCCCAAGUGGUGAGCACAGCACACCCGAGAGUGCAUCCAUGCGGUAAGCCCUCCUCUGCUCCUGCCAUCGAGAAACCCGAGAAACCCAGUGGCAUGCUGCUGGACGGCAAGCCCUCCUCCGAUCCUGCCACCGAGACACCCCAAGUGGUGAGCACAGCACAGGCCACUUGA